AAUGAAAAAGGCAGGCAUUGACCUCCCCCUGAGGCAGUUUCAAGGUCCUCUGUGGUCCACACACCCCACCUCCCAGCCAUGCGCUGCCUCCUGCUUAUCACCUCCUGCCUCCUGGCGGCAGCCCUUGCCGCGGAGGUAAAGAAACCAGCGACCUCUGGCCCCUCGGAAAAGCUGAGCCCCAAGGCGGCCACCUUGGCUGAGCGCAGUGCAGGCCUGGCCUUCAGCCUGUAUCAGGCGAUGGCCAAGGACCAGGCGGUGGAGAACAUCCUGCUGUCACCAGUGGUGGUGGCCUCCUCGCUGGGGCUCGUUUCGCUGGGCGGCAAGGCGGCCACGGCUUCGCAGGCCAAGGCGGUGCUGAGUGCCGAGCAGCUGCGGGAUGAGGAGGUGCAUGCGGGCCUGGGUGAACUGCUCCGCUCGCUCAGCAACAGCACCGCGCGCAACGUGACCUGGAAACUGGGCAGCCGGCUGUACGGGCCCAGCUCGGUGAGUUUCGCCGACGACUUCGUGCGCAGCAGCAAGCAGCACUAUAACUGCGAGCACUCCAAGAUCAACUUCCGCGACAAGCGCAGCGCUCUGCAGUCCAUCAAUGAGUGGGCGGCGCAGACCACCGACGGCAAGCUGCCCGAGGUCACCAAGGACGUGGAGCGCACCGACGGCGCCCUGCUGGUCAACGCCAUGUUCUUCAAGCCACACUGGGAUGAGAAAUUCCACCACAAGAUGGUAGACAACCGUGGCUUCAUGGUGACCCGCUCCUAUACCGUGGGUGUCACGAUGAUGCACCGGACAGGCCUCUACAACUACUAUGACGAUGAGAAAGAGAAACUGCAAAUUGUAGAGAUGCCCUUAGCCCACAAGCUUUCCAGCCUCAUCAUCCUCAUGCCCCACCACGUGGAGCCCCUUGAGCGCCUCGAAAAAUUGCUGACCAAAGAGCAGCUGAAGAUCUGGAUGGGGAAGAUGCAGAAGAAGGCCGUCGCCAUCUCCCUGCCCAAGGGUGUGGUGGAGGUGACCCAUGACCUGCAGAAACACUUGGCCGGACUGGGUCUGACGGAGGCCAUUGACAAGAACAAAGCAGACCUGUCACGCAUGUCAGGCAAGAAGGACCUCUACCUGGCCAGCGUGUUCCACGCCACCGCCUUCGAGUGGGACACAGAGGGUAACCCCUUUGACCAGGACAUCUACGGGCGUGAGGAGCUGCGCAGCCCCAAGCUCUUUUACGCCGACCACCCCUUCAUCUUCCUGGUUCGAGACACCCAGAGUGGCUCCCUACUGUUCAUUGGGCGCCUGGUCCGGCCCAAGGGUGACAAGAUGAGAGAUGAGUUGUAGGCCCAGGGUGGACAUGGGUUGGCAGGAGGCAGGCGAAGGCUCCUGUGACACAUGGGUGCUAUGGGGGUGGGGGGACUGAGGUACUGACCUUGGAUAUUCCACGGGGUGAGGGUGGGAAAACUGCAGGCUUCCUAUGGCAAGAGGCCUUUCCGGCCUGGACACGGCCUCCAGAGAGCACGGUGCUGAACCCAGAGCCCACAGCCUGUGGGACCUGGGCUGUGUCAGCGCCUGCUCUCCAAGCCCUGGGAUCCAGCCUGCCUCAGUCAGUGUUCAUAUUUAUAGCCAAGUACUCGCUCCUCUGGGAGACGUCUAGCGGGCGGGCUCAGCCCAGCCCUCGUGAAACGGGGCCUCUUUUCCUGACACUACCGACACUCCGUUCCCUUCCUCCCCCCAGCCUUCUCCGGAUGUCCCUCAACUGUGCUUGGCCCCUGGGACUGGCACUCCCAUAAUGGCCCUGGCCCCAGUGGGGGGUCAGGAAACAACUAAAUAACUUCUGGUGGUCUCUUAAGCAGAUUCAAGAAGCAUUGCGUUAGUCAUUGUAGGGAUGAACAUCCCCCCCCCCUUUUUACACGUUUUCAAAGCGGGGGAGGGGAGGGGGAAAUGAACCUUUGUUGCUGUCAAACCAAGAACUUAUUUGUGUAAUUUUUUUUCAAUAAAACUUUUCCAGUGAAAUAG